CUUCCGGGAGAUGCCAUUGAACGGUGGCGAGUUACACGGUGGUUCCCAGCUUGGCGGCGGCGGGUCAGCGUUAUAAAGGAACUCGCUUUAAGUAAUGGUAAUCUUUCUUUUGCAUCCAUUUGAGUGGUUUGCAAUCAGCACAGCUGCGCACAAGGUAUCGGUGGCGGAUGGCUGUUGGAGGCCUGGUGAACCGGUUGCCCCUGGGCGACCUUUACAGAGUUCUUCUCCCGAGCAGGGAUGAACAGGAAGAGAUGUCUGAGUUGGUGGAGUAGCUAAAAAUUGGUAUGGUAUGACCCAAGAUCCUGAUGUGUGUGUGUACAAAAAUCAAGAUGGCUGAACUGAUGCUGAAAGUGAUUAAAAUGCAUAUGCACUUUGCAGGUGACAGUUUUUAAGAACAUGUCCAACUUUUAUCGAAGAAUGCAUCAAUCAAGAGCUUUGUUAGCUGUGUGCGCUUCAGCUCCCCCAAAAUAUGCAGUUUUCAAUCAUUUCAAGUUCUGUGUCAGAAUACAUCGUCAACAGAUGACAAAGUUGAACUUUGGUUCAAGCAAAGGGCAGAAUAUUGCAGGAGGACUGAUUCAGUGUCGGGCUAUGUCUAUUGAUGGCCAAGAAUACCAGACUCGACCAAAGAAUACAAUUUCAGAUCAUGAACAUUUCACAUUGGUAUACAAGUUUCAAGGAAUACGAUUCUUGAGAACUAUUUCUAGGUUGAAAAUACUUCAGACUGGCUUAACUAUGGCUCUUUUACCUACAGUUUAUUACUUUUACUCCCUGGAUCUGGUUCAGUAUUCUCUAGUUAGUUAUAUCACUGUGUUAUUGGGUUUAGCCUUAGUUAUGCUUUAUUCUAUGAGUUACUAUCUAAGACGUUUCAUAGGGAUGUUGUAUUUGAAUGAAUCAGGAACCACACUGAUGGUUUCACAUCUGACUUUUUGGGGAAGAAGGAAUAACUUUUAUGUCCCAGUUAAAGACAUCAUGCCUCUUGCUGAUACAGGUGAUUCAACAAAUGAAACUAUUCUGCAGUUCAGAAGGUAUGAUAGCACAGAAGUUUUGUACCUCACAAUUAGGUUUGGUCAGGUAGUUGAUAAACAAAAAUUCUUGCAGGUAUUUGGUGGAGUUAACUGAAUAAAGAAAAUUCUAGACAUGAGAUUCUGCAGAUUCUAGAAAUCCAGAGCGACACCCCCCGCCCCUCCCCCUGAGGAACUCAGCAGGCCAGGCAGUCUCUGUGGAGAGGAAGAAAGACUCAACAUUUCGGGCUGAGGGUCUCGGCUUGAAACAUCGACUCUUUAUUCCUCUCUGUAGAUGCUGCCUGGCCUGCUGAUAAAGAAUUCUAGGUUUGCUUCCUAUGUAAUGAUUUGUAUAUUUGAUACAUUUUGAUGCUUAAGUAAAGUCAACUGUGGAGA